UUGUUUUAGUGCGUCUCAAGUUCGCCUAUGGCUUCUUUUCAAAUGUUAGGCGCACUUUAGUGUUUUACAGAUGUUUUUUAUCCUUCUGAUGGCUUGGUCACAGAUAGGAGACCGAAUUCAUCGUCCGUUCAUAAAACAAUGAAUGAAAAUCCUAUUGUCAUAUGCACACCUACUUCGUGCGCAGCUGUUCCCAAUCCUAGCUGCGGCUCUUCGUUUGAAACACCCAUUUGUCAUUCAGGUAUCUCACCUGUCGCUGUUCCAAUCGUGUCUGGUUUGUCUUCAAAUGUUCUAUGUUCUUCUGCUUUAUCUAUUACUUCAUCAGUUUCACCUAACCCGCCUUCCUCCUUGUCGCUGACGUCUUUGCAAACUCCUGUCAAUAGCUUGAACUUAAACGUACCUUCGUCUAGUCACAACUCAAUAAUUCUACCAUCAUCUGCGUCAUUGUUAAUUCAUUCAAUCAGUUCCUCAAACAAUUCAACUUCUGGAAUUCGUUCGGUCCCUCCAAUUACUAGUAGUUCCUUAGCUAUAAAUGGCUUGGGAAAUCCAAACAUAACCGUUCCUAUGACAUGUAAAAAUGAGUUUUUUUGUUCUACCAUAACUAAUCCUACUUUUUCGUAUGACUCCGUGCUGCCAAUUGAAUCAUCUACAAUUUGUCCAAAUCCAAGUUUUUCGACGAUCGCUAACCAAACAGUUGAAGUUAUUGAUCCAACACAAAAUUUGUCGUCUUCCAUAUCUGGGUCUACGCCAGUCACGUUAGCUUUACAGUCUAAUAUGUUAAAUUCCAACCAUAUGCAUUCAGAAAAUGUUUCAAGUUUCAAUGGAGAAUGUGGGAUUCGUCCUAUAAGCAACCCAUCUUUACCACCAUGUUUUCCUUUGAAUUUAAUGCCAAUUAGUCCUAAUGGUGACUUUCCAGCUGCACAAAUUAAUUUUCCAGGGUUACCACCGGUUCUUCUUCAAGUCUUACCAUUACCAGGUGUUAAGAUGGGAGAACAUUACACAAUCAACGUUCCGACGCAGUUAAUUUGGGAUGGUAUAUCCAGCGCGUUAGCCAGUGGAGGGACUGUCAAUGGUGGUCCAAUAAUCUUGUCGAUCACGCCUACACCUUUACCGUCACAUUCAAUGUCUUCUAUGCCUACAGUACCCGCCUCCUCUUAUACUAUAACAAACCAAACAUCCACACCUAUCUCUUUAUGUGGGCCAUCUAGUGGGUUUAUUAAUCAAACUCUUCCUCAGGUUGGAGUUCCCGUUUCAACAGUGAUCCCUUAUUCUACACUUUCUGUUGGUCCUUUAACUACAACAGUAACUACAACUAGUGUUAUCAAUACUAAACUUCCAGGAGUUAAUAUUAGUCCCCUGCUUUCCAAUCCUGUCAGUGCUGUUGGGGGAGCCAAACGUAUGAGAGCUAUCGCUCCCAAGCCAUCAAACGUUAGUUCUGUUGCUACUUUGGGGGUAAAACCUACAUCUGUUUCUACUACAAUAUCAAAAAGUGGGACAAAGCGUCAUGGUCUAGUUACUGCUAUUUCAAGUGUGAAUGGAAUUGUAUCAAACAGCACUUCCUCGCAAAGUAAUCAUGCUAGCAUUCCCAAUAUUGGAGCAAUUACUGGAGUACCAACACCUCCGAAACUGUUGCAUUCAGCCUCUAGAAAGGUAUCGCUACCCUUAGUUAACUUUAGUUCCUCUUUUGUACGGUCGGGUCGAGGUAGACGUCGCUGUGCUGUUGGACAACAAUCUGUUUCUACUACGUUUGUUACUAGUGCACAUGCUUCGCCCAUUUGUAUAACAAACUCUGUUAACUCAGGGAUGGGGAUCAGCACUGAUACCAGUAAUGUUUGCUCUUUGCAGACCCCAGUUUCCUUACCAUUAAGUAGUCAAUCUUCAUUAUCAUCGUUUUACAGCACGCCACCCAUUUUGGUACCACCGACUACGAAUCCUGGACCAGUUUUACCACCUGGACCCAUUCCACCAACAUUUCUUUUUGGUAAUCCAUUGCAUAACGCACCAUCUAUUACAAUGCCGAACGGCGUGGCUCCCUUUCUUUUUCAACCACCUCUCCCUAUAUCUAACAGUUGCUCACAAUUUCCGAAUUCUGUCUUUAGUCCUGUUACGUGUACUGUCUCCAUUUCUCCGUCAACGUCAUGCCCGUUAGCGGUUGUUCGGUCUCUUCCAUCUGUCAGUUCUGCGAAUAUAUUUGCUGCCAAUAAUGGACCAACAAUGGCUUCUCUCGAUCCUGCUACUGGGCUUUUAACGUAUUACCCCUCAUCAUGCAUUCCUAUGAAUAACCCAUAUCCUCCUACAAUAUCUUCUAGUGACUCGCCAUCAAUCAAUAUAUCAACUGUGUGCUCUCAGCCGAAUCAGACAAUGAGUAUUCAGCCUUCUUCACAAUCCGGACCGGUCAUGUAUCCUUUUCAGACGCAACAUCUCCUUUCUAACCAAAUUGUCCCAACUAUUUUCCCAAAUAUACCUACUGAUAUAGCUGGUGCAAAUACAUUUACGGAUCAUACGGCAUUCUUACAAUCAUUUGCACCUAGUUUGAUGGAUAGUUCUUGCAUAUCGUCUAAUGUACAUAUAUCUUCAGAAUCCACCAUCGUCCAGAGUCAAAUGGCUUGUCAAAAUGCUUUUCUUACGUCAGCGGGUAAUUUUCAUAGCAAUGGUAAUAGUGGAAACAUUCCCAUUUUCCCGUCACUACCCGUUUCAUCGAUUGCGUUACCCAGUUUGGAAGUUAGCACAAGCAUAUGCGAAACCAACGGAAUUGUAGAGGAUGAUGCUUGUUUAGCUAAAGAUGACCUCAUUAGUCUUGCUUGGCAUCUAACACAAAUGGAGGAUGACUUUGAGACUCACGAAAAACAAAAUUCAGAUGUUCUAAUAAACCAGACAGAUGAUGAGAAUAAUGGCAUGUUCGAAGAUUUCCUCCAGGUUUAUUCACAAAAUGCAACGGCUUUUAACUUCAAUACGGAUUUGGGUUGCCAGACUCAUAUUCUAAAUCCGUCUUCUGUUAACCCUGAUUCUGACGUUUUAGAUAAAGAUGUGAUUCUUUUGGAUAGUGAACCAGAGUAUAGAACUGAUUUCGAAAAUCGCGAUGAUGGUACGCAGUUGUCUUGUCCAAACGAAGAAAGUACAGGAAAUGCUGAUAUUGAUGCUUUACUUGCUGCAGCUGCUAUGGUUGGUGCUGCGAGUGGUGUUGGAGAUGCACAGUCAGCUGUUGCCGUUCCUUUACCUUCCUCUUCUCUUGCAUCAGUAACUCACCAAAAUACACUUUCCUCAGAAUGCGAUUCUUCUCAUCCGGAAAAUAAAGAUGAUGUCCAUGGCGAUAUCCAUGUAACAUUCAGUAGUUCUUUGCUACCAGCUCAUUCCACUAGUUGUAAACUUUCACCACUUCUUGAUCCUAUUAAUGUUGGCGACUCAGUUAAUGGCUUAAAGGAAACAAAGCCCGACGAUCUCUUACCAAGUGAUUUGUUUGAUGAUUUUCCCAAAACGGAGGUAAAUGGUCAGUUCGCGAAUGAAACAUCUGAUUCAGUUAAUGAAUUCGAUGAUGGUUAUGAACCCACAAGUUUGGCAGCAGUUCUUGGUUGUAAUGCUGAAGAUGCUGCGGAUUUAGAGUCAGUUUUAGGUCAAGAAGCUCCAGAUUUAUCAGAUGGUGGAGGUGUUUCGGAUUCUUUUCUUCAUUCCCUUGUUGGUCCUUCACCUACAGUGGAUGAUUUAAAUGUACAGAAUAAUUCAGUUAAUAUUUUUGAUAAUGAUUUUCACUCUCCGCAUGAAUCUAAACAAGAAACCGAAAACGAUUUAAGUUUCCAUUCAGUCGAUGAUUUUCCUAGUGAUAUUGCUUGCGAAAUGGUUGGAGAUGCAACAAAUACAUUGCCUGUAUCAAGACAAGUUAGAUCCUUACUUCGUGAUGCCAACGCCAUUUCGGUGUCUUCACGCUUUGGAUCACCACCGGGAGGAAGCAAAAGUUUCAAUCAUUUCUUUGAGGCCACUUCGCGACGUCUUAAUAGGUCAUGUAGGUUCACAUCUGAUAUUGACGACGAUUUCAUUGGUGUAGAUUUUUCUGAUGCAGUAAAUGAAUGUACAACAGCAGAACAGUUUGAUGAAGCCCUAAUGUUGUUAGGACCCCAACCGAAUUCACCCAUUAGUCAGUCCGAAAUGCACAGUGAGAAUACAAUUCCUGUUUCGGUUACUGAUUUCGUUUCUCACAUAGAGGACAAAAUGAAACACAACGAAAAUGCGACAAAAGAUAAAAAACUGUUACGUAUUGACUGCACAGAUCUUAGAAUUGUUGAACCCAAUGAUAUUCAAACAACUCAGCCUGGAAAUGCAUCCCCACAACAUAAGACCGACAGAUCUGUAAGAAGUCCAGUUCUAGUUAAAGAAUCCGCUCAACAGGAAGAAUAUAUCCCUUCGAUGCUAUCGUCUCCAGUAAAUGAAGUCGAAGAGUGCACAAUUGAAAGUAGUUUAAAUCACGACAUUGCCGACAAUACUAAAAGCCAUUUGAUCGACUCCUUAGGUAGUAGCGAUCCAGUUACAUUGGUAACUGCGGAGUCUCAACAAACUGCCAUUGACGAUAACAUUAAAACACAUACCAGUACCACAAUAAACAAAAAUGUAGGGUUUUUGUCGCCUGACAAAAAAACUGAGUUAGUCGACUUAAUUCCAUCUAUAUUGGGAGAAAAAUCAGUAUCACCAAAUAGCUCAACGUUACCUUUACAAGAUAAACUUGAUACUCAGAGCUCUAUCUCAAUGGUAGACACAUUUGAUAGUUGCCACUACGAUUUCUCUAAAAUCCCUUCACCAACAAAUCCGGUUUACUGUGAUCUCACAAGGCGUCCUCAAUCUGUUAGUCCGAAGUUUUCAUUUGGUGUAGGGGAUAUUUAUUCUGAAUUUGGUUCCAACUUACCGCUCCGCCCUCAAAGCUUGCCUAAUUUAACUUCGUUUUCACAGUUUGACAUAGUUCAAGAGACAGAAAACGUAUCAAAAUCGUGUGCUUCUAACCCAUUUUCAUCUUGUGACAUUGCCACCUCGACAAUAUGUUUGUUUAAACCAGAUAUUUAUUUUGACAAUAAGGAGCCAUCAUCAAUCUUUUCUUCUGACCAGAAUAUAUCAGUAAAUACAGAAGAUAUGGUAUCCAAUAUUUCUAUUCUUGGAGUUCUUGCUUCAUCAUCUGCCCUAGUGGAGGCAGUUGCAGACUUGGAGGGUGAUUCUGAUAUUUCGCCCAUCAAAUCAAGCAUAGAAGGAUUAGCCUCACUUGAUCGAAUGUUAAAAAGUUGUCAGCGUCGUAGUCAACAAACUUUUGAGUCUACGAAGAAUACUUCUAGCGGUUCUGAAAGCGUUAUGGUUUCAUCUCAAACCUCAAGUGUAUCUCAAAGCUCAGCACCAAAAACAACAGGCACAUUAGAGACUUCAAAUAGUGAUAUGUGUAAUUUUGAGUUUUCGGAUUGGAAAAAUGUGGAUUUUUCCAGUGAUUCCAAAAUAGUUCACAGUGAUGGUAUUCCUGCAAGUACUUUACUAUCAGUCAGCAGUGGUCACUCUUCUAACAAAAGUCUCAAUUUCGGGCAGACGCGAUUCAAAAACUCAAAUAAUGUGCACUCCAAACGUGGGAGACGAAAACGUGCAGGCAAUAAGAAACCACAUUUAUCUUACUUAAAAAGGAAUCCAAUUAAAACCAGUUGUAAAUCAGAUCCCUCUGCCCAUGAAUUAAGUCCUUCUCAGAGUGUUACUCCGACUAUAAAUGAGUUCCAUCGUUCUCAAAACCAACCAAAUAAAUCUACCAUGGAUAUGACUACCAACGAUCUUUUAGAACUGGCUACAAGACGUCCUCAUUCCUUUGGGUUAUCUUUGGUGAAUGGUGAGUUAUCAAAUGUCCCUAAUCCUCCCGUUUCUCCGGAGUUCGAAUGUCAUCUACCCCCUUUGGUACUAGCUACUGGAGCGUCCUUAUUUCCAGAAUCAUGUUUACAUUCUGAUGCUUGUUCAUCUGAUGAUUCUUACUCCACGAUCCCAUCUGCCCGUAAGUUCAAAGUUGAACCAGAUGAAACAGCUGUUGUUAAAGCUAGUCAUGACGAAGAUAUUGUCUCAUCCUCAACACCUACAGAACUUCAUACUCAAGAGUCUCAUAAACGCAAAAAACGUGGAAGAUACAUCACUAGAAUAAAGCCUUGUGCCAAAACCCAAGUUGAUUUGCCUGCAGUAACAGAAAUACAUACAAAUCACUCGCGUUUCGAUUUUGAUAAGAAUAAUUUUAUUGGAGUGAAUCCUAACUUUUUGAAUCCAUUCGAGUCACUGGGUGAAGCACCCUUUGAACGUUUCUUACACGACACAAAACUACAAACUUUUGCUGCAUUAAAGUCAUGUACUGGUGAAACUGUCCACAGCCUAAAGUCUAACUUUAAUUCUUGGUGUAAGACAAAUCAAAAUGUUUUGCUAUUUAGUAAACAGUGCAAUGAACAGUCUACCUCAGGAGACUGCGAUUCAGUCUCUACUCACAAUCUGGAAUCUGAAAAUCAUUUCAAUGAUACCCGGUCUACGACGGAAGAGGUUCCAGAAAGUUCCUCAAUCUUGUCGUCGGAAACCAAUGGUAACAAUCAUAUUUUUGACGAGCCAGUCUCGACGAGUUGCGAAUCAAGCAAAAGUUCUAUAGCUUCUCAUCAACUGGUUUUCUCCACUCCCGUAUCACAUGCCUUCAGCGCUCUUCCUACACCUGCUUUGUUCUGUUCUUUAUCUAAAUCGCAUAGUCCUUUCCAAAGUCAUAUUUUGUCUUUACCAAUUACCACAGCAGUUAAUCAGUCGAAUUCUUUGUGUGAUAGUAGCUCAAGUCACUCGCUUGAAAAAGUGUUUCCAACUGUUUCACCUUUACCCGUUAACAGAAAUGCAGGGAUCGCUGGUAGCUUUGCUGGGGCUGCUGCCUUCCGAGCAACUAGCUUUAGUGCAUUAGCAGCUAAAGUUGAAAAGAAAAGUGUUGGAAAUGAAUUCCACCUUAAUAAUGCCUCGGAAACUCUGUGGAAAAAUGUGACUUUCGCGGACUUGGCAAAGUUCGCCUCUUCAGAAUGUAAAUCUAAGGAAGUUUCACAAACUCCUAACAUCUCUACUUCGCUAUCGUGCAACUCCUCUUGGUUCAUUGAUAAAUCUAUGCAAAUCGAUGCUUCUGCUCUGCAACCGAAACCAUUAUUUCAACCCAACCUUCCACAUUUAACAUCAAGUAAGAGCGCAGAAAACUCGACUUUGUUUUCAGCCACCAUCUUUUCGUCUCCACGAGCUUCACCAAAUCACUUUAGUAACCAGCUUCCCUUCAAUGAUGUUAGUAAAUCGUCAAAAUCAUCACCAUCUAAGUCUAAUGUUUCUGAAACUCUUAAAAAACGUUUAAAACGCAUUUCCUCGUUGCCAAGAAAAACGAAUAGGCGUAAACGAUCAGCUGGGAAACGUCAGCGACGUCCCUGCACAUCCCUUAGGAAGUCUACUACUGAGAUCCUCCUGCAUAACUCGGACAAUUUCUACACUGAAGAAAAUUCUGUUACCAAUAUAGAUGAUAUUUCUAAUCACUUUGUUACAACAGUAGAUAACGAAACUCAACACCAUUAUUCUGACUCGGAGAAGCCCUCUGUGGAUGAGUGUAAUAAAUCCGAAAAGAUUCUUUCUAGCCCUGUUUGCUUAAAACUUGAAAGUACAAAUGCACCUUCAGAUUUUAGCGUAAUAGGACAUUCCACUUCUCCCACAAUUAUUAUGAAUAAUUCAUCGGUAGUUCAUAAUGCAGGAGCUGUGGUUGUUGAUAAUGCAGAUAAAGAUAAUGGCAAUCACAUACCCUCUGCUUCUCCUAGUGUGCAAUUAACCAGUGUUAACUGUGAACAGUCAAUAAGCGUUCCUGCUGGUAUUGAAGAUAAUUUAUCCUGCUCCGGAGUUGUUUCUUCUGUUGAUGAAGGUGGGACAGAUCCAAUUUGUAGGUUUGUGGGUAUUCAUUCCGAAAAUACAGCAAGUAAAAAUUCACUCCAAUCUGAUGUGCUUCAAGAUAAAAAUGUUGGUUCUUCAUUUCCUGAUUCACCUUCAGAGAAUAUCAUGACUGACAAUGACAAACUACUUUCACAUCCCCCAAUCAGAUUACGUCUUAACCUCAAGCUAGCUGCACUUAAAUCUAAGUCAAAGAAAAAGAAGCGUAAGAAACUCCAUCUCAACGAUCCAGUCAUAGAAACUAAAUCCAACCCAGUUGUAGAGAUGGUAGAUGAUCCCUCAAAUUGUUCGCUGAGUAUUCGUCUUGUAAACAAAGUCCCUGUCGUUAAAGAAAUCUCCAAAUCCAACUCUAAUAAUUCAAGCAGAAAAAGAAAAAAGAACGAAAAAACAAGCAUCCAUUGUAAAGGUCAUAGAAAUCUUACUAUUAUAAUGGAUAGUAAUCUUCAAUGUCGAAACUCCCCGAAGUCCUCACGGUUGCAUGAGGCAUCAUCUGUUACUCAUAACGUUCAUAUCACACAAUCCAAUCAAGCUUAUUCACUAUCCAGUGUUCUUCCUAGUGGCACGGUAAAGAAUAUACCUAUGCAUCCCUUGUCAACUAAAAAGAUUUUCUCAACUGCAAGACAAGAACGUCGAAGUAACUACGCUCAAUUGGCACGGCCUUGGCGUGCUAAUCUCUCAACUUCCCCUCGCAAGCGAAACACUACCAGUUUUCGAUCAGUAUCUGCUCGUCGGCAUGUUACUAAUGUAGCGCGACCCCGUAGCUAUUUAAUUAGUGCUUAUAGUGAUGCAUCACUAGCUGACAGUAAGCAGCUGAAUGUUUCAUGUGCUCGAUCAAUAAUUCCAGAAAACGUAUUUAGUAAAAAAGCCUCAAACGAUGAUGUUGAUAAUUGUGAUAAUAGUCAAUCCUAUUCCAUCACGAAUCUUACUGGUGUACAUAAGGAGAUUCCUAAAACGGAGCGUCCAGAAUCUCACCCUUUGCGUCUAGUUAUUCGUUUGGGUAAGCCUGUGAAUGGAUCGAAGGAUGAACUUGUUUGUCAAUCUGUAGUUUCUCCAUUAAAUGUCCAAGUACCUUCUGAUAUGUCUUCUAAUUCUUCUCAAGCUUCAAAUGACGUAGAUCAUCUAGAUGAAAAUACAAAUCUUUCUAUAUUACCAGGGGAGUUUAAUGUUAAAAACGACAGUUCUGUUCAGGAAUUAACUGGGUUUUGUGUUGCAAGCGAGGCAGAAACUUUUAUGGAUCCUAAUCAGUUUCAAAUUCAUAGAAUCCUGAACCGAGCUCUUCCAAUGAGUUCUGGGCUUGUUGGUCUGUACAUACCGUCACCUAGCGAAGAUGACGAUAAUGGAGAUGGUUGUGGUAUGAUUGAGAAAGUGUUUGAUUCUGAACAUCGAUUACGAAUGACAGAUCAAUCAUUUCAUUUUUCUCAAGUUUGUCAUGAAAACGCAACUCCUGUUGCUCCUCAAAUUGGAUGUACUGCUGGUUUGUCAAGCAGAAAGAAGAUAAAGCCUUUUAAAGGUCACAGACGUAACAAAAGCGAUAUUAAAAGUACUCGAUACCGAUGUGCAAGACUUAAAAAUACUUUGACCGAUGAACGCAACUUGGAUCAUUCAUCAAGAUUGCGUGCUCAAUGCAUAAAGAGUUUUGAAAAGCAUAAUGUUUUAGACAUCAACACUGAUCUUGACUUCCUUCAUGGUCAACCUCUAACAUGUGCCUAGCAGUUUAAUUAUUCAUUCAACAAACGUUUCAAAAUCCAACUUUACUGUGAUCAAAUCUGUAAUUUUGUCAAAUUCACUCAUUCCUCCCCUGAACCAACGAAUCCUGCAUAAGUUACAAAAUGUAAAUCUGGAGGCAAAUCAGAACCUACUCAAAUAAAUUUCUUAUGGUGCGAAAUAUAUUUUUCGAGAUUUUUCUUUCCCGAAUUUUAAAGAAUAACUCCAUUUCAUUAUUCAUACAAACGUCGUUACACCUCAGAUCUCGUGAUUACCGUUCACACUUGAUUUCAAAUUAACGAUGGACAGAUCUCUUGUUUAACCUAUUGAUUUAUGUUUCGCAUGUUCUGUAAAUUCCCCCCUGUAAUAACUUGUUCACUUGAUGAUCAUGUAGACAAAUAUGCACAUCACAACUGACUGGAUUUUAGCAGACAAAGUUAUUCAUUGGACCGUAAUUUAUCAUUCAUAUAUAUAUAUAUAUAUAUAUAUAUAUAUAUAUGGUUGUACAGCCUUGAAAAUGAACUCGCUGAAAAAAUUAUUUCACUAAAUACAUUUUUUAUGACUUAUUGUGUAAAUUUACAUUACAAACAGUUUAGAUUCAUAAGUAUUAUUAAUGAAUAAACAUGUCGAUAAUAAACACCUAUGAUAAAUUA